ACAGAACUCACAGCUCUACACACUCCCUGAGGAACAGGAGAGAAUGGCUUCUUGGUUUCCACUGCUGCUGCUUCUCGGUGCUCUGGCCGUUAGUAAUGUGCUGGAAGCUGCACAGGUCCGCUCUUCUUGCCCCAAUGGAUGGUUUUUUUACAAGGCAAAUUGUUAUGGGUAUUUCCGCUACCCCCUGAGCUGGGCUGAGGCUGAGUACGACUGCCAGGCAUACGGACAUGGGGCUCACUUGGCCUCAAUAUUGGACUCUGCAGAGGCAGACGUCAUUGCUUCCCAUAUCUCUGCCUACCAGAAGAACAAACCAGUGUGGAUUGGUCUCCAUGACCCUGAGCAGAAUCGUCGCUGGAAGUGGAAUGAUGGCUCCAUGUACAAUUACCGCUCGUGGCUCGCUGGGCAGCCGGACAACUACAAUUCAGCUGAGUACUGUGGGGAACUGUCCUGCAAGGAGGGCUUUGUGAAGUGGAAUGACAGUAACUGCAAGGAAGUCAAGCAGUACGUGUGCAAGUACAAGCCUUAGACGCCCAGCAACCAUCCCAAUCCAGGAACGUCUGAAGCCCCACCGAGGAGGACACUGAUGGGAGUGGAAAGCAGCUCAUGAGUGUGGCUUGUACUCAGCUCAUAUUGUGCAUUCAGGCUUCAAUAAAAUGUCACUAUCCAA